UGUAGUAUAUGUAACGUACAAAUGUUGCCAUUAAAUAAUUCAACUCUAAUUUAAUGUUUUUGCAACAAAAAAAAAACAUAGCGAUGCAAAGACCUGUUUAAAAAUGCCUUUGUGGAGGCCAUGAUGGGAGUAGCAGGAAAAGGAAGAAGAUGAGGAAGAGUAAAUGAAAGUGAAUAUUUUUUUUAAAAGAUCUUUUCAAAAUGAUAUAUAUUACAAAUAGAGAUGCACUGAUUAUAAAAUUCUGAGCCACACUGAUGUUAAAACUGGCUGUUUUUUUUUUUCUUUUUGUUAGUUAUUCUCCAUUUUUUGCCACAGACACAUUACUGAUCUAUUUGAAAACAACCUAACCUAAUAAAGAAAACAUUUCCCAAUAUUUUUUUUUGAAAAUGAAAGCACAUCAAGUGAAAAUGUAAAAAUAAUUGGAAAUAAAUAAAAUGUAAAAGUACUUUAUUUUCCAAUUUCUUUGCCAGUGAAGGUGUUGACAUAAUGUGGCCGAAAGGCAUGUCAGUCAUGUGGUUCCCACGACAAUGUUUCAGUUAGAGGAAGGUAGCACGGAGUGUGUGUCUGUUUGGUGUGUGGAGGCGGAGAGAGACAAAGAGGAGUGAUUACGAGUGAUGAAACCUCGAGUCAAAAGCACUUGGCAGUAUCAUCAUUUUAUGCCGAGCCAUGCCACACUGUUUGUGACUGAUUAGCUAAUAUAUUUAUAAUUCAGAACUGGUGAAUUAUCUGUGCCAAUUACCCUGUGGCAGUUACCAUCGGUGAAUACUGAUGUUCAUCCAGUGCAUCCCUAGUUAUCUUUUUAUUUUAUUUUAUUUUUAUUUUAUUCCAAACUGAAAAAGGCAGCAAGUAUAUCAUUAUAAAGACUAAGAAACAUAGGAGAAAAUGAAGUCAUGAGUGGAGAAAGUCAAUGUGUUAAAGGGAUCAGAGAGCAACUCAAACAGUGAUACUAAGGGGAGGGUGUGAUAAGAGAGUAGGAGGGCCGCAUUAGGAAGAGCGACACAGAAAAGAGGAAUAGUCUGAUGCUUCAUUCGCUCAGUGAAAUUUCAGGAAUUCAAAGAACUGACAGGACUUUGAGCAGUAAAAGUAACAUCUUUUAAAAAAAACUGGUCAAAAAUCACUUGCAUGAACAAAACCACUUUAAGGGGACUUACUUUAAAUAGACUUUCAAGGACCAUGGACUAAUAAUUUCCACUGACCUGAGGAUAACUGAGGAGCAGCACUCGAGGUAUCCUUCACACAGCAGUAUAAUGCAUACAUUUCUGGUGACUGCAGUCACAAUAAAAACAUGACAGUGGCCAGCCCUGCUGAUCCCUGUAAACUUGACAUGAGGUUAUCAGAGGACUUCUACCCCAUCAGCUUUCAGGUUCCAAUGACAGGCAUCCUGCUAGUGGAGAUAGUCCUGGGUCUGAGCUCCAACCUAACUGUGCUAAUCUUCUAUUGCAUGAAACAGAACCUCAUGAGUUCCAUUUCCAACUUUAUCACAGUGAAUCUGCAUGUGGUAGAUCUGCUGGUGUGUGUAUGCUGCAUUCCAAUGACCGCCGUGGUGGUGCUACCUCCUAUACAGUCCCACACAGCAAUGAUAUGGUGUUUUCAUGAGGCAUGUGUCUCUUUUGGAAGUGUGGCUACCGCUUCUACAGUCCUUGCCAUCACUGUGGAUCGCUACGAUAUCUCAGUUAGACCAGCGCACCGCGUACUUAAAAAUGGCCGAUCAGUUGUUUUCCUUGGAGCUAUUUGGGCAUCAUCCUCUUUCAGUUUCAUGAUACCUUUCAUGGAAGUGGGGUUUGUUUUUAACACUAGUUCAAAUCAGACUGCAGUGGUCACUGGAAUAAAGAAAUACUACACAGAAGAGGUUUUGUACUAUCACCUUCUAAUCCAAAUUCACAUAUUCAUUUUCACAGCUAUAGUAAUGCUGGUGACUUACUACAAAAUUCUCCAAGCGUUGAAAAUUAGCAUUGGAAAUUUUGGUCAGCAGAAUCUAUUUAAAAAAAGGCAGAAGGGUAAAAACACCAAAGCUUUAAGAACUCCGACACGGAAACAGACAACUGGGGAUUCAGUGAGAGACACAAGAAUUAGAGUGGAUGGCAGUGCCCCUGUUGGUAUAAGGGAAUCUGUUUCCGCCAUUAUUGCACUCAGACGUGCUGUAAGGAAUCACAGGGAAAGGAGAAAGAAACGAACCUUGAAAAUGUCUAUUCUCAUCAUUUCCUCCUUUAUGCUAUGCUGGACCCCAAUAACAGCGCUCAACAUUAUUAUACUCAGAGGGGGGCUUAGUGAUUUUAACGCCCAGCUCCGCCUGAGCUUCCUUGCAAUGGCCUAUGGAACCACCAUUAUUCACCCACUCCUCUACACCUUCACUCUACCAAAGUUCCAGAAGAUUUUGAAAAGCCGCAUUAGGAAAAAGAUGCUCCCUGUGGUAAACGCUAAAUGAACACCAAGAAAGUGGCUAUUCACAAUUAGCGGAUCAACUCCAAGAGAACCAGUACGGUGACCUUUCAGGACAUAAAAGACAUGUUUGCAGUGUGAUCACUGUCGCCCUGAAUGUCUUUCUCACUAAAACAAAAAAUUAAAUGUGUUAUCUUUAUUUAUUGUUGGGAGCAAACAUUGUUAAAAGUCAUAUAUAAACACUGGACAUUUACGUAUCAGAGGACACAGGUUUGAAUCUCACUAUGGCCAGCUGUGGUUUGUUGAGAAAGCACCGAUUGCUUUGCUUCUGACAGUAAGCACCUCAACGAUCACAGGUUAAAUGCGAACGGGGGAGGCUAAAUUUUGUCGUGUUUCUGGGUACAAUGAAGGCCAUUCUAUUCUAUCUAGAAGUUUAAAAAAAUUUAACCGAACUUGCACUGUUGACUUACAGAGAAUGUUCCCUGACACUUAACCCUUGUUAUAAGAUGAGGGAUGACUGACUUUUAAUUAUUUUUAUUUAUUUACCUUUUGAUUAUUUAAAUAAGUACACAUCUACAUUUAGGUAUGUAUGUACGUAUCAUUGGGGGUUUUUUUUGCUUGUAUGUUUUGGGGUUUUGUUUCUCUAAUGUUUGUACUUUAAUUUGUACAUAAUUCCACUGCAGCAUAAAGGUAUCAUUGUAAAACGCAAAAGUUAAAAAAAAAAAAGUUUAUUAAUUUGUAAAUAAUGUGGCAUUGUGUUUGUGAAACCCUGUAUAUCUUGCACAUGAAAUGCAUUUGUCUACAGAGACCAGAUGUCAUACAUGUAAAUGAAAAAGAAAGUGGUAAAGGUAAUAUGGCAAAAAGUGCAGGAUGCUAGUUAGUAGUAAUAGGUAAUAGGUACCUAUAGGUAAUAGGUCCGUGUACCCAGGGUGAAUGUACACAGCCAGUGUACAACAGUAGUUGAGUGUAUAGUACAGAGCGGAUAAAACCAUGACAAGUAGGUGUGACAGAAGAAUUUCAGCAUGGCUGUAGGCCUUGUUGACACACAGUAGUAAGCUAUAACGCCAUAACAGAGGCUCUGCUAAAAUUUUAUCAUACCACAUGUUAUGAUGACAUUUAUAUAGCGUAUAUAAAUGUAUGUAUACAGUAUAUGUAUGUAUGUAUACCUAUAUACUUAGAACAGAAAGUGUGCUUCUGUAACUAUCUGCAAGAAAGUUAGACCACU